CCACCACCACUCUCCUCAAUUCUCCCCCCGGUAAUUGAGUUUAUUUGUGUGGCACGCAAGGGUCCAACAUACAGGUAAUAUACCGACCCACCCCCUCUUUAGCAGAUGGCCAGGGAAAAAAUCAAUUAACAAAAUGAUUCUCCGUCUAUACUAUUGCUAUAUAUAUAUAUACGUGCUGCCACAUCGGUACACACGCUCCGUUUGACACAGUGCGCGUGUUGUUGGCUGGUUGGAGUUGUGGCGGAAGCGCGCGCGAUCAUGGGCAUUAGAGUCAACGAAGAGAGGGAGAAAAUGUCAUGUAUUUGUUGAAGUAAAUGCCUGUCGAUUGAUCUCCAUUUAGGCUCCUCUUUAUUUGCUUAUGGCCAGGAUAUGGACAGGGGUAAAAAAGAGAAAAGACGACUCUUUUUUAUGCUAACAACCUACAAACUGAUCAAUGUGUACUGUUGACUAUUGACGCUGGGAGUUAAAAUACCCCGGUUGUGUACAUACGUCCAUAUACACAACCACGUCCAUAUACGCACACAACACGGUGAUCACGCUGGGAACAUGUAUGGACUUGCCGGUGUGCGGCUGCGACGAGCCAGUCAUUCGGCGGCCAGUCAUGCAGCGGCCUACACGAGACGCCACAGCCGGGUACAGCGUCCCACUGGUAAAAUGGAGACGGAAGUGCUGCUCCUGUUAUUACUGGGAAAUUGUGAGAUGAUCAUCGGUGUGGUGAUGUUUGCGCUCAAUGUCAUAGCACUGACCAUCAUUCCCUAUUCCAAAUUUCUUCCCUUCCACAGCAGUGGCUUCCUCGUGUCCGGUCUGGAGUUCAUCUGCGGCCUCACCGCCAUGAUCUCCAUCACCCGGCACAGCACCCCGGAGGACACCAAGAAAGUCCUGCCUUGGCAUCUCCAAGGCUCGGUGACGGCGCUGGUCUUCUUCGCCUUCCUGACCAGCGCCCUCUUCUUCUCCUCCACUCUCGCGUUACCCGAUGUGAUGGUCAAUCUGAUGGCAAAAGACCCACGAUCGGAAGUGGACGAUGCGCCGUUUCUACGGAAUAUCUACUUAGUGUUGUAUAUACUGUUUUAUAUUUCCUUUGCCUUGAUUGCGGUGAGCAUGAGCGUGGCCUGGUAUCUCCUGCACAAUGUCGCCGAUCUGUACCGGCUGCCGCGCUCCGGCUCGGAGAAUGUACGGGUACACAAACCGGGGCGGAGUUUCGGCGGGAUGUACCGCUCGACGGGCGGUUCCGUGGGGGGCGGUGAUCGGGUGAAGUCGCGCGGGACACUGUUUAUGAAUCUCCAUUAGUACGACUGUGGUUUGAUGUUAGCUUAAUUGAUUAUUUUUAACUGCGGUUGAUGUCAUUGUGUUUC